AUGCAAAGCCGUUGUUCUCCUCGGUGUGCAGAAAAUAACAUUAUUAAUAUUCCUGCUAAUGCUACAUGGAAGCAGAACGGAGUGACUAUUGCUGGAGGUAACGGGGAUGGGGGUGCCACUAAUCAACUCAAGCAGCCUCUUGGUCUCUUCGUUGAUGAUGAUCAAACAGUGGUUAUUGCUGACUACAUGAAUAAUCGUAUCAUGCAAUGGGAGAACGGUGAUACAACGAAUGGACAAGUUGUUGCUGGUGGUAAAGGCCAAGGAAAUGGAUUAAAUCAAUUGAAUAUUCCAACUGACGUGUUAAUUGACAAAGAGACGGAUAGUCUCAUUAUUUGUGAUCGGGGGAAUGAACGAGUUGUACGAUGGUCUCGUCGUAGUGGUACAACACAAGGUGAAAUACUCAUCGACACGAUCGACUGUUGGGGAUUAGCAAUGGAUGAGCAGAGAUAUCUCUACGUCUCUGAUAUCGGAAAACAUGAAGUAAGGCUAUAUCAAUUGGGUGAGAAGGAUGGCACUCUCGUAGCUGGUGGCAAUGAUAAAGGUGAUGGCCUUAAUGAACUCAACGUGCCGAGAUAUCUCUUUGUCGAUCGACAACAGAAUGUCUAUGUAUCAGACAACGACAAUCAUCGUGUAAUGAAAUGGAAUAAAGGUGCAAAAGAAGGUGUUGUUGUCGCUGGAGGACAAGGUGAAGGGAGUGCUCUGACACGAUUGUCUCAUCCUAAUGGAAUCUUUGUUGAUGCGUUGGGUACACUCUAUGUAGCAGACUCGUGGAAUCAUCGUGUAAUGCGUUGGACUCAAGGAGACAAGAAAGAGGGCACUGUAGUUGUGGGUGGAAAUGGUUCAGGAACAGGAGCAGAUAAGUUCAACUACCCCUAUGGUUUGUCUUUCGAUCGACAAGGUAAUCUCUAUGUCGCCGAUUAUAAUAAUCACCGUGUUCAACGAUUUUCUAUCGAAUAA